AUGGGCUUGUAUCAACCACAAGAAGGAAAAAUAUUAAUUAAUCAAAAGUACAAAGUGAGUGAAAUCAAUUUAAAUCAAUGGCGGAAAAAGAUUGCUUAUGCUGAACACAAUAAUUUAGUUGAAAAUGGUUUAUCGACUGGGCAGAAACAAUGGGCUGAUUUAGACAAGCUUUUUGAAAACAGUGAAAAGAAAGAAGUAUUUAUUUUUGAUGAAGCUGAUAACGCCCUAGAUGAAAAUAAGAAAAAAGAGUUUCUCCAAAAAAUAGAGAAAAUUAGCAAAAAUAAAUUAAAAACUGUCAAGCCAGAAAAGAUAUUGGAGGAAAUUGAAAAACACUUAAAAAAUAUUACUGAAAGAAAAAAAGAAAUCGAAAAGAAUUUCACCAACUUUUGGAAGAGAGAAGUAAAAAUAAGUAGUUUGCGAGAAAAGACUGAGAUUGGAACUCUCCCAAGCGAACGAGAAGCGAUAAUGGAAGAAAUUCAAAAUCUUAACACUUAUAACAAAACGAUUGAAAAAGGCUUCAAGGAAGGAAAAAUUGACGUGGAAAUAAUGAUAGAGUUACGAAAAGAGUUGGAAAAGUGA